AUGUGUGACGUGCUCCACGUGGCGGAUGAGAGAAGCGACUUUUCGGAAAAUCGAAAGAUGCAGUCCGGAGGUACUCGAUCAGUACCAGAGGUGGAGGCGGGAUGGUACUGA